AUUUGUUGUUUUUUCAGAGAGGAAAAAUAGCCGGUCAGUCUGAAGACUGACGCAUUCUUUGCCUUUAUUGAUGAGAAAUUAUAAAAGCGUCAGGCGGGGACAGCUAUAAUUCGCUUCUUGAGCAUAUAGACUCCAUCUGUCCAGUUUUUGUGCACGGCAUUUAAACUUGUAGUCGACGAUAUUUGUAUGUUACCGAAGCGAGCUAGCUGAGUGGAUUGGAAAACAUCACUGUGUGCAUGUUGAUCUAGUGGCUGCCAACGCCAGACUACAUGAAUACUUCGGACAGCGAGGAGGAGGUGUGCAAUGAACGGACAGCCUUGGUCCAGCCCGAGAGUCCGACCGUACCGAGCUACAACCGAGACUCUGACAUGGACCUUCCUCAGGAUGGAGAACUAAAGAGGCGGCAUGUGGUGCGGACGCCAAGUCCGACCAGGCGGCCGGCGCGGCCCGUGUCCGGCCGCGAGUCGUCGACGGAGACGGACGAGGAGGAGCUGACGCUGAAGUACGGGGCCAAGCACGUCAUCAUGCUCUUUGUGCCAGUCACGCUGUGCAUGGUGGUCGUCGUGGCCACCAUCAAGUCCGUCAGCUUCUACACGGAGAAGAACGGCCAGCAGCUCAUCUACACGCCCUUCACCGAGGACACGCCCUCCGUGGGCCGCCGCCUGCUCAACUCCGUGCUCAACACCAUGAUCAUGAUCAGCGUCAUCGUCGUCAUGACCAUCUUCCUCGUGGUGCUCUACAAGUACCGCUGCUACAAGUUUAUCCACGGCUGGCUGAUCCUCUCCUCCCUCAUGCUGCUCUUCUGGUUCAGCUUCAUGUACCUGGGUGAGCUGUUCAAGACGUACAACGUGGCGAUGGACUACCCGACGCUGGUGAUGAUCAUCUGGAACUUCGGGGCGGUGGGCAUGGUGUGCAUCCACUGGAAGGGGCCGCUGCAGCUGCAGCAGGCCUACCUCAUCAUCAUCAGCGCCCUCAUGGCCCUCAUCUUCAUCAAGUUCCUGCCCGAGUGGUCCGCCUGGGUCAUCCUGGGAGCCAUCUCCGUCUACGAUUUAAUUGCUGUGCUGUGUCCGAAGGGUCCUCUGAGAAUGCUGGUGGAGACGGCGCAGGAGAGGAACGAGCCCAUUUUCCCUGCUCUCAUAUACUCAUCCGCCAUGGUCUGGAUGGUGGGGAUGGCCAAUCCACCUACAGCAGCAGCGGAGCCAGUGUAUCAUGACUCAGAUGAGGAAAUGCAUCAGAGUGAUGGAGGAAUCCUUGAACAGGAAGGGGCGGGCAGAGAGAGCCCAUCACUCAGAGGAAUGGGGAGGAGCUACUCGGUAGAGGAAAUGGAGGAAGACCGGGGCGUGAAGCUGGGCCUGGGGGACUUCAUCUUCUACAGCGUGCUGGUGGGGAAGGCGGCGGCCACCGGGGGCGACUGGAACACCACGCUGGCCUGCUUCGUGGCCAUCCUGAUCGGUCUUUGCCUGACCCUCCUGCUGCUGGCCAUCUUUAAGAAGGCCCUGCCGGCGCUGCCCAUCUCCAUCACCUUCGGCCUGGUCUUCUACUUCUCCACCGACAACCUGGUGAGGCCCUUCAUGGACAGCCUCGCUGCUCAUCAGUUCUACAUAUGACCUAUGACCCCCCCCCCCACCACCCACCCCACAACCCCAAAGAUUAACAGCGUGUACACACACACACACACACACACGUGUGUGGGGAUGUGGGUGUUGUAUGGGGCUGGGACGGGUUCUGGAACUGGGACGGGUUCUGAAUCACCCAAAGAGUCCUCGCAAGGCCCUGCUGUUCUGUUUCUAUUUUCUUUUUUUUUACCCUCUGUUGCCGUGGCUUCAUUUUUGUUUUCUUUUUUUUUGCCCCCUCCCUCCUCCAUUGACUUGUGGCAUUUCCUGUUUUUUAUGAUUAUGUGAACUUUCCGGCACUUUGCAAGGCCUGAGAAAAGGAAUUGUUUCGGUGUAGAGCACUGCUAUGAUUUUUUUUUCUUUUUUGGAGAAAAACAAGCAAGCAAACAAAAAAAAUGUGCCAUAUAUAUACUCACGUUUUUUCUUGAUCAGAUUGAAUGAGUCUUUUGAUUGUCAGAUGUAGCUGCAACACGUACAGCAAUGUUCUUUCGGUGUUACUGCAUACGCAACCUAACAGUCUCGCUUGCCAAUGCUGUAAAUGGAUUGUGACACAACGUGAUCUUCAACUUUCCAAACCAUGAAAUCCUUCCUCCCAUCUAUCUCCCCUUGGGCGAUAGAAGAAAAAAAAAACAGAACCUUCUCUUUAAGAGAAACCUUCUUUUGUUUUUUGUUUUAUAAAAGAAAUUUGAAACUCCGAGUAUCUCAACCUUCUUUAGGCUCCUUGUGAUGUCCCUCUAACUGGAAGAUUAGAAAUUAGUAGGAAUUUACUACUCGAUUGAAAAUAUUAAACAACAAAAAAAGAUAUAUAUACUUUAGACCACUGCAGCAUUAUGCCAUAAAAAACGUCUCAUCCUGACAAACAUAUUCAGUGCAACAACUGAAUGUCUGCAACACCGCAACGGCUCAGACUGCCAAGAUAUUGAACUAUUCUCAGUAUACCUACAUAUUGAGAUUAGUUCACUGUUACCGCUUUUUUCAGGUUGACUAGUGUAUUUCGCCUAACAUUUCAAUACACUUUUAAUCUGAAACCUUACAGGGCUCCAACAACAGCGGCAAAAACUUUGUAGUCCAUUCUCUAAUAAUCAUGGCGGAAACAAUAUCCUGAAGGCCAUAUCCCUUAAUUGUAAGCAUACCGAACAGCAACUAAGAUACUACGUAAUUUCAUUCUUAACUUUGUCAGUUCUGUUUGAUCAAGAUCCAUCGCGUUUGACCAGUAUAAUAUUCAGUAUCAAUGACAUUGUAAUAUAAAAAGCCCUUUUCUUGAACAGGUUUUUUUUUUUUUGCUUAAGUCUUUUUCAGUACUUAUAGCAUUGAUUUGUCUCAUUUUCAGGUUUGCGGCUGAAAAAAAAACUCUUAAUUGAAGGCUAAAGGCUAAUAAGCUAACAGGGAAAAGUCUGGUCAGGUUUUGUUUGCAUCUGAAAACAAAAAUAGAAAAACUGUGACGAAGAUACCCCUGUAUCUUAGGAGUGGUGGGCUACUGUUUGAACGGAGUGCUUUAACUUAGAGUAAGUAGACUUUGUAUUGAAGAAGAAUUAUAUAUAUUUUAUAGAAUGUAAUACAAAAGGUGUAAUAUUUUAAUUGAUUUUAUAUCCAAACACUUGUUGCAAAUGAAGUGUCCCUGUAAAAGGGAGUUCCUUUUUUGUCUGUCUUGUAAUGAUGUCAAGUGUUACAUGGUGGAAUAAAUCAAACUCAAGUGUACUGUAA